AUGGCCGCCACUCUAACGCAGGGCCUCUUGGCUGCUGCUGGUGCCGCCGCCAGCGCUGCCUAUCUCGAUGCCAAAUUUCACAUCUCCAAGGACCGCAACGCCAUAAAGAACAUGACUACUGCCGAGGCCAGAACCCUCCAAGCCAUCAAGGACAAGAAAAUGUCACUCUUCUUCCUCUUUGAAGAAUCGGCUCUCAAACAGCCCAACGAAGUCUGCAUCUGGUCACGACAAGGCAUCUACACUUGGAUCGAGACAUAUCACAAGGUCUGCCAGUACGGCCACUACUUCCAGAAGCUCGGCGUCCAGCCAGGCGACAUGGUGGCCCUCUACAUGUACAACAGACCCGAGUUUCUCUUUGCUUGGUUCGGUCUCUUUACCAUUGGUGCCGCCCCGGCACUGAUCAACUACAACCUCGCGUCCGACGCCCUAGCACACUGCUUAGGCAUUGCAAAGACCAAGUUUGUUCUCUACGACAACGCCCCCGACUGUGUCGAGCGAAUCCAUGCCGCCGAGAAGCAGCUCCAGCAACUGGGCAUCCAGCCAAUUGCCCUCGACGACGCAUUCCACAAGUCCAUUUCAUCCUACCCUACUGCCAGACCACACACUAAUGCAUUCGAAAACUGCGCCACGCUGCCCAUGUGUGUAUUAUACACCAGUGGAACAACCGGCCUACCCAAGGGUGCCCGUAUCCCCAUGACGAGACAAUAUCUCCUAUCGAGCGUCCCUACUAGAGCAUUCCAGCAGAAACACGGCCCUAAUGGCGACAGAUCAUACGUUUGCGUUCCCCUAUACCACGGAACAGGCGGCUUUGGCGCAACCGGCGAUCUGACAUAUGGUCUUUCCGUUGCCCUUGCGCCUAAAUUCUCCCUAUCCAACUUUUGGAAAGAUUGCAUCGACAGCCAAGCCACCAUCUUCAUCUACGUUGGUGAACUCAUCCGCUAUCUCCUUUCCGCACCACCAGCCGAAACAGAUCGUCAGCACAAAGUGCGCAUGGUCUGGGGCAACGGUUUAAGUCCCGAACUCUGGACGCCAUUCAAGGAACGCUUUGGCGUUCAAGAAAUCGGCGAAUUCUUCGGUAGUACCGAAGGCGUUUUCGGCCUAUCCAACUUCUCCCGCGGCGGCUUCAACCACGGCGCCGUCGGCCACCACGGCGUCCUCCUCCGCCGCCACUACCACAACAUCUUCAUCCCCGUCUUCAUCGACCCCGAGACCGGCGACGUCUGGCGAGACCCCAAGACUGGCUUCGCGCGGCGCGUACCGUAUGAGCAAGGCGGCGAGAUCAUCUGCAAGCUCGAGUCCAAGGGCGACUGGCACGGCUACGUAACAAAAGAAGCCACCGACAAGAAGUUCAUGGUCGACGUCUUUGUUAAGGGUGACCUCUACUACCGCACAGGCGAUGCUCUGCGCCGCACCUCCGAAGGCCUCUGGUAUUUCAUGGACCGUCUGGGCGACACGUACCGCUGGAAAGGCGAGAACGUAUCCACCUCGGAGGUUACACAGAUCAUUGGCGCCGUGCCCGAGAUUGCAGAGGCAAACGUCUACGGCGUCAAGCUGCCCGCGCACGACGGCCGUGCUGGGUGUGCCGCCAUCUCCUUUAAGGACCCGUCGGCUAUUGAUCGCUUCAGCUGGGCUGGGCUUGUGACACGGCUGCGCGCGGAGCUGCCGCACUAUGCUGUGCCCGUGUUUAUUCGUGUCCGCGGGGCCGUGGGUGGCAUGAGCACCGACAACCAUAAGAACAGCAAGGUCCCGCUGCGCGAAGAGGGUGUCGAUCCAAAGGCCAUGGGCACCAAAGUGAAGGGUGGCAAGGAGGAUAAAGUCUUUUGGCUGCCUGCUUCAGGAUCUUCGUAUGUUCCCUUUACAGCUAAGGACUGGAAGAUGCUGUCACAGGCUCGCGCGCGUAUAUAAGCAUGACGUAGAGGUACAUAUAAACGAUAAAUACAGCUACCGCCGAAAUAGUACAUCAAAGAAUAGUACAUCAAAGAAUAAUCUAGAAUAUAGUUGGUUCUGCGGGCGG